AUGGCCCCCGGGUGGACGAGGAUCCCACUGCGCCUCUUUCUCCUGGGAGCUGCCCUGGCCCUCACGGGAGCCCUCUUCUGUCACCGGGGCAUCCUGAUCCGCCUUGGGAGAAUCCCCACCCAGUUCCUGGCCAACUGGACGCUAUCGCAGGAGCAAUGUGAUGAAGAGGACAUGUGUCAGGACACCAUUCUGAUCUUAGAGACAGAACUGCAGGGCAUCAUCAUCGCCACCAAAGGGUGCUUCCGCGAGACCCUGCAGGAGCCCACCGUCGUCAAGUACACGCAGCCCCCCGGCGUGGCGGCCACGUCCUACACGCACUUCUGCUCCACCGACUUCUGUAACAAUUACACUGACCCGAAGCCGCUGACGAAGCCCCCCAGAGGGGCAGGUGAGAACCAGAGCGGCCCAGCCUUGGAGCAGCAUCUCUGACUCCUGCUGUGCGCUCAAGCAGGGCCCUUCCGCUCUCCGGGCCUCAGUCUGCUGCUCUGCAUGGUGGGCCCGUCCCAGACGAGGUUCCGUGGAGCUCCAUGGACCAGAUGGGCCCUAAAUCCCACGGAGACCCUGACAUUGUCCCAGCCCAAUCCUUGUGACCCACCUGGGGUUUUCGAGCAAAGUUUUCAGAGGGUUUGCUGUUUCCUUCCCAGAUGAGGAAACUGAGGCAAUUGCCCAGGGUUCCAGGGCCGGACAGCUAGUAAGUACCAGAGGCGGGAUUUGCACUUGGGUCCUCCCGAGUCUGA